UUCUAGUCCUGAUCCUGAUUCUAGUCCUGAUCCUGAUCCUGAUUCUAGUCCUGGUCCUGGUUCUGGACUAAAACCGGACCAUGGAAACGUUUUUCUCAGUUUUUUUAACAAACUCUUGACUUUAAUUUAUCUUUGUUUUUAGGUCUUCAGGUUUAGUGUCUGUCCCGGUCUCUGUCCCGGUUUCUGUCCCAGUCCUCUGCGGGAACAGGAGAGCGGGUGUCGGGUCUGAAGUUCUCCGACAGACCGGACCGUCCUCCGUUCUCAGCCCGGGUUGCGGUCUCUCGUGGUCCCGGACAGAGAAGCGGCUCGUCCCGCGGAGCUGGUCCCACAGCCCGGGUUAGAACGAUGAAGAUCCGGGGACUGGUUCUCAUCGGUCUCUGUCUGACCCUCCACACAUGCCGGGCCUUCCCAAACCAGCUGCCCGCCCUAAGCGCCGCGCCGCCCGGCCUGCCCUCUCUGAGCGACCCGCUGCUGGACUAUGAGGAGCCUGGAGGCGGGGGCCCGGGGGGCCCGGGGGGUCCGGGGGGCCCGGGGGGUCCGGGGGGCCCGGCGGGCUGCGACACGUGUGAGCCGGACCUGUGCCCGGAGACCCGCGGCUGCAGAGCCGGGCUGGUGCCGGACUCCUGCGGUUGCUGUCAGGAGUGCGGGAACCUGGAGGGACAAGCCUGCGACCCGGGGAACCGGAGCGUGUUUUACGGGCUGUGCGGGACCGGGCUGCGGUGUCAGGGGGAAGGAGGGGGGCGAGGGGCGGGGGAGGAUGAAGAUGAACAGGUGUGUGUGUGUGAACAUCUGGAGGUUGUAUGUGGAUCUGAUGGAAGAACAUACAUGAACAUGUGUCAGUUCAGAGAGGAAGUGUCCUCCAGACCAGAGCUCACCACCCGAGGGACAGGCCCCUGCAAGACAGGUACCUCACCUGUCUGGUCAGAGGUCAAAGGAGUUUUCUUCCUGCAGCAGGAAGCAGUGUGGAGCAGGUUCGAUUCCAUAUUGGUCCUGUACAGAGGAGACCGCCGGCGUCGCUGCACCAGGGUUCAGGCAGGAAGUGGGCGGGCUCAGGGACAGGAAGUGCUGACAGCUGGCAGCGCUGCAGCAGCUCCACCACCACAGAAGAAGAGAGAGGAAAUACACAUGGAGACCUGGGACCUGACGGAGGUUCAGGAGAGACAAAGAGGGCGAGACUGGAUGGAAUCACAGAGUCGUCUGCUCAGGCCCCGGCGUCAUGUGAUCAACCAGCCAAUGAGAGCAGCUUGA